CCACUUGGUCCAACCGUUGGACCAACCACUCCAUGUGCAACAAUCCACUGCAUGCACGGUUUCACCACCAUCGGCAACCGAUUCGGCAGCUUUGCCGCCAUGACGGCGUCAUCUAUCGUCAGGGAUUCGACGUCAUGGUCAAGACUUGAAGAGCUCGACCCGUUGACGUUCGCGGACUUCCAAUGGAUGCCCCUUCCCCCGUCCGGUCGAUUUAUGAAACCGCAUUGCAACGUGCUCAUGGCACAAUUGCAAGAUUACUUGCACACUGCAGUACCAGCUCCGUUGAUGGACGCCGGAGUAGAGGUUGUCGACCUUCACGACUACGUUAUGAAGAUCGACCGUGAGUUCAAGACACAACGGUACGACGACAUCGACACGUCGUUGUUGUACAUAUGCAUUCAGAUCGGAAAGACGACCUGCAGCGCUUUGAUCGAUUGCGGAGCUACUCACAACUAUAUGAUCGAAGACUUUACGGUACGCGUUGGCCUUGGGCCAUGCGUUCGGAGGAAGUCGCAGCCCACGCAAGUCACGUUGGCCGAUGGUCACACGCACAAGUCAAUCGACCGGUGCAUUGAUGUCGUCCCCGUGUACUUCGCCCCACGUGCAAGCGAGGGCGUGUCCUUCGAUAUUUUGGACACCAAGUUCGACAUGAUUUUGGGUAUGUCAUGGUUGCGAAGCGAGGAUCACCCAGUGAACUUCUACUGCCGCACUGUUCACAUUCGUGAUCGGAACGGAGUACUAGUCCCAUGUACGGUGCCUCCACCUCAUGCUUCGAUCAGCUGUCAGUGGUAUCCGCCGCAAGCAUUCGAGCUUCCAUCACCCGGGACGACAUCGAGAAGAGGCUACGGCGACGUGUUCGAAACCCCGCACGGAGUAGUACCGGAUCGGCCUAUUUGCCACGAGAUCAUCCUCGAGGCCGGGGCCGUACCUCCGCGUGGUUGCAUCUACUGCAUAAGCGAGGAAGAGUUAAGUGUGUUAUGGGCACAACUCGACGACCUUCUCGAGAAAGGCUGGAUUUGGCCUAGCUCCUUGCCAUACGAUGCCCCUGUUCUCUUCAUUCAGAAGAAGAACAAGGACCUGCAGCUGUACAUCGAUUAUCACAAGCUCAACGCGCAAACCGUCAAGAACAUCGGCCCUCUCCCGCUCAUCGACGACCUCCUCGAACGGCUGGGCGGCACCAAGUUCUUCUCCAAGCUUGACCUCAAAUCGGGAUAUCACAAACUCGAGAUCCGGCAGGAGGACCGCUACACGACCGCGUUUAAGAUGCGAUAUGGGCAUUUCGAAUGGCUGGUUAUGCCUUUUGGCCUUACGAAUGCCCCGACCACAUUCCAAACGGUUAUGACAACGGAGUUCCGACACAUGCUAGAUAGAUUCGUACUCAUCUACCUCGAUGACAUCUUGGUAUACAGUCGGAGUUUGGACGAGCAUGUGGAGCACCUGCGCACCGUUUUGGAGCGACUACGACAAGCCAAGUACAAAGCCAACCACAACAAAUGCGAAUUCGCGUGGCAGGAACUGGACUACUUGGGACGUUAUGUGACGUCGCAAGGCAUCCGUCUGCUUCCGCACAAGAUCGAGGUCAUUCGCGUAUGGCCCGCACCCACCAACACCACGGACGUUCGCUCAUUCAUGGGGUUGGCGGGCUACUAUCAACGCUUCAUCACCGGGUACUCAAGGAUUGUCGCACCUAUGACGAGAUUACAAUCGCCAAAGGUGUCAUUCGUAUUCGAUGACGACACACGCCGGUCAGUCCAAGCACUUAAGACGGUCAUGCUCAUGGCACCCGUCCUUAGCAUCUACGACCCCACCCUGCCAACAAGAGUGACAACUGACGCUUUUGGCUAUGGCAUUGGGGCGGUCUUGGAACAACACGACGACGACGAUUGGCACCCCGUGGAGUAUUUCAGGCACAAAGUGCCUCCCAUCAAUUCCCUUGAUGAUGCAAAGAAGAAGGAGCUGCUCGUGUUCGUGAUGGCUCUCAAGCGAUGGUGGCACUUCCUCCUUGGGCGUCGUAGGUUCACAUGGGUCACGGACAACAACCCGUUGACCUACUACAAGACGCAGGAUACAGUGAGCAGCACGAUCGGAUGAUGGAUGUACUUCAUCGACCAAUUUGACUUCACGACGAAACAUCUCGCCGACCUCUCCAAUCGCGCAACAGAUGCAU